ACGCCUGGAGCGCGGGCUUUGAUUGGGCCGCCGUUGUUGUAGUGACCGGGAAGCGCCCGCACUCCAGUCUGACGGUUCCGGGCGCCGCACGGUCCCCCCUCGUCCCCACCCCUCCCUGGUCCCCCAAGGCCCCGGGCGCCGUCCGCUCCCCGCAUGGCCUCCGGCCUGGAGGAUCCGAUUCUGGAACGUUCUUUUAAAGGUCACAAAGCUGCCAUCACCUCCGCUGACUUCAGCCCCAACUGCAAACAAAUUGCUACUGCUUCGUGGGACACCUUUCUCAUGCUAUGGAGUUUGAAGCCACACGCUAGAGCUUACAGAUACGUGGGCCACAAGGAUGUUGUAACCAGCCUGCAGUUCUCGCCACAAGGAAACCUAUUAGCCUCUGCCUCGAGGGACAGAACUGUUAGACUGUGGGUUCUUGAUAGGAAAGGGAAGUCUUCAGAAUUUAAAGCACACACAGCCCCAGUUCGGAGUGUGGACUUUUCCGCUGAUGGCCAGCUUUUGGUUACAGCAUCUGAAGAUAAAUCCAUUAAAGUGUGGAGUAUGUUCCGUCAGCGCUUCCUCUACUCCCUGUAUCGACACACACACUGGGUACGCUGCGCCAAAUUGGCCUUAAAUUCACGCUCGUCCUGCCUCAGCCUACCUGGUGCUGAGAUUGUAAGGAUGGGUCAUCGUGCACAGCUGGAAUCUCUCCUUGCCAGUUUCAGAUCACGCUGUACAUGCUAGUGAGUGGUCCUGUGAUUAGCCGAGCGCCCUGCCAAGAUUUUCACCUGACGGAAGGUUGAUCGUGUCAUGUAGUGAGGAUAAAACUAUUAAAAUUUGGGACACUACCAAUAAGCAGUGCGUUAAUAACUUCUCAGACUCUGUAGGAUUUGCAAAUUUUGUGGAUUUUAACCCCAACGGCACAUGCAUCGCUUCAGCAGGUUCUGACCAUGCUGUGAAAAUCUGGGAUAUAAGAAUGAACAAAUUACUCCAGCACUACCAAGUUCACAGCUGCGGUGUGAACUGUCUGUCCUUCCAUCCUUUGGGUAACAGCCUUGUCACCGCCUCUUCUGAUGGAACAGUUAAGAUGCUGGAUCUCAUAGAGGGAAGACUCAUAUACACACUUCAAGGACAUACGGGGCCCGUCUUUACCGUUUCAUUUUCGAAGGACGGAGAGCUGCUUACAUCAGGCGGGGCAGAUGCGCAGGUCUUGAUUUGGAGGACCAACUUCAUUCACCUGCACUGUAAAGAUCCUAAAAGAAACCUCAAAAGACUGCACUUUGAGGCCUCCCCACACCUUCUUGACAUCUACCCACGGUCACCGCAUUCCCAUGAAGACAGAAAGGAGACUAUUGAAAUUAAUCCCAAGCGUGAGGUGAUGGAUUUGCAGAGCUCGUCUCCCCCCGUGGUGGAUGUCCUUUCUUUCGAUUCAACCACAAUGACGGAUUCCACCUAUCGAGCUGUGCCAGGCAAGGGUGAAGACAUCUGUAGGUAUUUCUUGAACCCUUUGUUAAUGCCAGAAUGUUCAUCCACAACUGUGAAAAAGAGACCAGAAGAUGUAAGUGAUGUGCCCUCCGAAAGCCUGAGGAGCGUCCCGCUGGCGGUGGCUGACGCACUGGAGCACAUUAUGGAACAACUCAACAUCCUAACCCAGACUGUUUCAAUUCUGGAGCAGCGACUGUCUUUGACAGAAGAUAAGCUGAGAGACUGCCUUGAGAAUCAGCAAAAGCUUUUCAGCGCUGUCCAACAGAAGAGCUGAGCAGGGAGGGCCGUGAGCGAGGUCAGGUCAGUCGCCAGAAGACGGGCUCACACACUCUGGAGGUAGCCGAGGCCUUCCACACCCCUGCCACGCACUAACCGAUUCUUCAGAGGGUGAGCAACGAAACCGAAAAGGUUCCAGGCAUUCUCAGGGACUGACUUAAACACACAAAUCAAUGUCAAGGAUCAAGUUAUGCUCCUCCCAGGUCUAAUUGCAGUAAUAAAGUUAUGAACAUUUUAAUCACCCCAUUUCCCCCCUCCCCCAUAUUAUUUGAAAUGUCAGCUUUUAUUUAACAUGCAGAUCCCCACCAGGAAAGUAAGCGGACCUCUAGAUUUUAUUGUUGCACCAUCGCAGAAUGACCAUGCCCAGGCAGUUCCUGAAGGUAAUGAAUGUGUUUCUUAGGUGAGCACAGCCUUGAGGGGAAACCAUUCGCUUGCUUUCAGAUAGCAUCUGAGAUGUAGAAAACUGAGCUGGCUCGUAGUUCUUUCAGGUCAAAAAGAGUCUGCCUUGAAACCAUGCUCCCUCCCUCAGUAUUGCCACAGCAAGAAUCAGCUGCUUGUGAUUAGCAAGCGUGCUCACGUGACAAGGCAGGCGUUUUCCUUGUCUGGUGGGAACUGCAUGGGACGUGCGCAUCUCUGGUGUUACAGGUGAACACACUGAGUGGUCUGGGUCAUACUGAACCUGUGGCCACAGCUCACAGAGAUUAUGCCUGUGUGCUUUCAGUACGCUAAAAAGCCAAAAUGAUGAAAAGGAUGCACACAUGAAUCACAUGUAUUAUUGCUUAAGGUGAUUCUGGUGGCUGAAAUAAGUGCAUUUUUAUUUAGGAAAAAAAAAAGUGCAUCGUCUAUUUUAGUUUAAUGAAUUGUGAUUUGAAAUGAAAAUGGGUCAGGCAUUCUAAAAGAUCUUGAACACAAGUUAAGAACGUUUCUCUAUCUUAAACAAAAUGGAAAUCAAAGUUAAAAAAAAAAAAAGGCAAAUUCAAGGCAGCUGGCUCUGGGCACACAGAACAAAGGCCGGCACGGCUGUGUAGCAGGGGCAGAUGCCAUCUGUGUACAGAAAAAUGGAGAAACAAUGGUGUGGGAAUGGAGAGGUUGUUCUCCAAGCGGUUUCGGUUUUGUGCCUCUGAGCUGCUUUUCUCUUCUGUCUCCUGUGUGUUGUAAGUGCCUUCUCUGUCCUGUGAGUGUAACCAUCUUGACAUUUUUCCCAGCUCACAAAACUAAGUGGCCAUGUAUUUUUAUACCUUCAUUGAGAAGACGACAUAAAAAAAAAUGAAAUGUAAUGCCAACUUUUGUUUCCUCUUUUUUAUGCUUCAAACAAUAAAGACACUUCUCUUUUUUAAAAAGA